AUGUCGCUGUUCUUCAUUGAGAAGGCGGUGGCAUCCCUGUCAAAGAAUGUGACCGAAAUUAAGCGCCUUAGAUCGGGUGACUUGCUUCUGAAAUGCACCUCGGAAACAGACUGUGAGCUCAUACUGAAUACCCAGCAAAUGCUCGGAGUCAACAUAACAUCAACCUUGUACAGGACUCUUAAUACUUGCCGUGGUGUGGUGUCGCUAGUAGAACUCAUCGAUGUUCCUUCAGAAGAGAUUCUGGAAAAUCUAAAAAACCAGAAGGUGAUUGAUGUAAAGAAAAUAAAAAUCAGGAAAAACAAUGAAUAUAUAACGACACGCAACACAAUUCUCACGUUCGACUGCCCGACUCUACCAGAAAGACUGAAGGUAGGAUAUCUGACUGCAGAAGUGCGGCCAUAUAUUCCUAACCCACUUAGAUGUUUUAAAUGUAACCGCUUUGGCCAUCCUUCCGAUGCGUGCAGAGGGUCUGCAUGCUGUGCUCGCUGCAGCAAACAGGACCACAACUCCAAAGAGUGCGGAGGGCCUGAUCACUGCGUUAACUGCUCAGGUGACCACCCUUCGUACUCUAGGUCUUGCCCAAAGUGGAAGUUUGAGAAAGAGGUUAUGCACAUCAAAGUUACACAGAAACUAAGCUAUCCAGAAGCCAGGAAGAAGGCAUCUCCCGUCCUCUUCCAGAAAUCCUUUUCAUCUGUCGUUAAAGAGAAACCAAGGAUGAUUUCAUGUGCAACACAGACAGAAAAGUCAACACAAAGUGAAGAAACACAUACACCUCUUUCUCAAACACCACCUCCCGUAACAGUAACAAAAGUUUCGCAAUCCUCUUCCGUGGCGUCAUUUUCACAGACGCCGCCUUCGUCAUCGCAAACUGUGGAGGCAAGCUCCAUGGAAUGCGAUGAAGACACGAGCUCACAAGGCUCUUUUACGAGCGUGAGCUCACAAACACAAAGGAAGCCUAAGAGCAGUAUGUCUGGGAGCGGCUCACUCCCCGAUAUAUCACCUAAGGAACUUGCGGCUGCUCGGAAGAAAACUCCGAGGCAGCCCAUAAUGCCCCCAAAGAAGAAAUAA